AUGGGAGAUCGCGGAGGAAGCCGCAGCCGCGACCGUGACACCAAACGCAAGGACAGUCGGAGUCGUUCACGCAAGAAGGACAGCCGAAGCCGGAGCCGGAGCAACGCAGAGGCGAGGCCCAAGCGACCAGAUGAUUAUGGCGUGGACACCAUGAAAAUCACUGAUGAUGAUGCCGCGUUCAUCUUGGGCAAAGGUGGCAAAACCAAGGAGAAGAUUGCGAGAGUUUCCGGCGCAGAAAUAGAGCUCUUCGAGCGAGACUUGGUCUUGGAGAUCCGUGGGUCCAAGAAGGAGCGUCGUCGAGCAAAGAAAUAUGCCGAAGGUGUCAUGGCACAGCGGACGGGGCCGGUAACAGUGAACGAGGACUAUGACGACGGAGAUUUGACAAUGCUGCGUGUUCCACAAGAGGCCGUGGGCUUCGUCACUGGACGAGCAGGCAAUUUCCUUCGCACCAUCGAGGAGGAGUGGGGAACAUUGAUGUUUUUCGUCGAAGUGGAAAGCUCACGCUCCCGGAGCAAGGAGUACGAAAAACUCGCAAUUUUCGGAAACGUGAAAGCACGUCGCGGGGCCGAGCUGAAGGUCCUCAGCGCAGUGGAGACAAAGGUCCCCGGCUACUUCGACAAAAUACGCGAGGACGUGGUGCCUCGAGAUCGAGGUGCUGACCACGGAGACGGUUCUUGGGGCACGGACACGAUGACUUUUCAGGAUGACGAGCUGUCGUAUGCUUUGGGGAAGCAGGUGGGCAGACGCCUGCAGGUGAUUUGCUGGCUGUGGCUCUGGUCCUGCAUGCUCUGCAUGCUUAUGGACGUCUGCAAGAGCCGGGUUUUUGCCGUGCAGCACCCAUUGCUGGAACCUCCCGAGAUUAAAGAUGUCGCAGCGGCAGCUUCCGAAUGCAACGCCCAAGAGUUCUUAGCACGGGUCCGGAAGAUACCUCUCGCGAACCAGAGAUCCAGCAUGGAAGUGGCCUUGAAUCAGAGCGGUUUAGACGAAGGCCGGAUCUCCCUCUUCCUUCUGAGUUGCUUGGAAGUUGCGGCCAAGGACAAAGCUUUCGGAAACGAGGGAAAGCUGACUGGUAUGGUGUGCAGCUUAUGUAGCGACGGCGACGGCCGCCCGGAAGAGGACCCGACAGUACGGCAGCGAGCCCUUGCGGUUUCCUUGCAACUCUGGAGGCACAACGCCAGCCAGUUCACAGCCUUGCGGGUUCUGCAGCAAUGGUGCAUCGACGAGACGGAUGCAACAAGCCAGCAGUUGGAAGCCAUUCAAAGGAUGUCCGAGGAUUUGUUGGCGAAUAACAAUUGGCGACUCCUUCAACUGUUUUUGAAGGCAUUCCCCAGGUUUGCUCCAGAACAUGCGGACAGGAUUGAUGAGGCCAUCAAAAAGAUGUGCGAGGAGGGAAGCUUCAAAGCCGCAAUCCAAGUUGCGAAGUGUGCUUUGUGGCCGAAUUCUCGGAUUGGCCGGCUGUACCAACAGCUGCAAUUCCAUCAGAUCAAGACUGGCGCGAGAUCCGAGCAAGGCAAGGAACUCGCUUCGAUCGCUGCCUGCGGAAAAGACCAAGGCCGACAAAGGCUCUUCGUGAAGGAGCUCUUCAAAGCAGGGAAACUCGAGCUGGCUUCCGAGCGCAUCAGCGCGUGGAGCCUCGAAGGCCUGCGGCCAACGUCCUCGCAGAAGCGGAAGGGUGCCAAGCGUGCUCGGAAUUUCUACCGGCUGCCGGCCCAUUUAAUGGUCCGCACAGUGAGCUUGAAAGAUGAAGUGGAGGAGGGUGUGUCAGUGUUGCAGCAGGCGCAGUGCAUCGGCUUCGACACAGAGUCUCUGCAGCGGGGACAGCCUUGCUUACUUCAAGUUGCAUCAAACAAGCACGCGCUGUUGAUCGAUUUGCUCGCACUUCAGUCCGACUCUGCCGCAUCUGUGGCAAGGCUCUUUUCCAAUCCGGACAUCGUUAAGCUCAGCUUUGCCGGUCGGCAAGAUCUGAGGCAGUUGUCCACUGUUCUGGGGGUCGAAGCCAAGUCCGUGACACCUUUCUUUGACUUGAAGCAUUUGGGAGCGCUGUACCGCAUGAACCAAUCCGAUAUCGACUUCAACGAGGCCCUCGACGGCCUCGGGCUCUCCUCACUGGCUGAGGAGGUCUUGGGCAAGCCUCUGAACAAGGAGAUGCGCGCAAGCGACUGGUCCAGAAGGCCUUUGCUGCCUGCACAGCAGCAGUACGCGGCCGUGGAUGCCUGGAUUCUGCUGCGGCUUUGGCAGCGACUGAAGCACUUCGCGGAGUAG